UGCAGCUGCGGUGCCCCGUCUCUGCCGGUACAGCCCAGCCCAGCCCAGCCCGGCCCGGCCAUGCCGCUGCCCCGUGUCCCGCUCCGCGCCGCGCUGCUGCUGCUCGGCCUCCUCCUGCGAGCCGCCGCCGCAGAGUCGGUGAGAGAAACUGAGACCAUGGAUGCUGGAUGGCUUGACUACCCUGCCUCUGGGGAUUUGCCAGAUGAUGAAGACAUUGGUGAAUUCAGUCCUCACUUAACUGCUGAUGGGUUGGACAUAGAUGAGUCAUCUGGGUCUGGAGACUACUCAGACUCUGAAGAAGGCAUAUAUCUGACCACCAUGGAUACUCCUCUGAUAUCUGACAACUAUAUCCCUGGAGAUACUGGGAGAAAGAUAGAAGGUGAGAAGAAAAACACAAUGGUGGACAAUGAAAUCAUUCCAGACAAAGCUGUACCUGUCGAAGAGAACCUGUCCAACAAGAUCUCCAUGGCAAGCACAGCCAACAGCAGCAUCUUUGAAAGAACAGAAGUCCUUACAGCUCUCAUUGCAGGAGGAGCAGUGGGCCUCCUGUUUGCCAUCUUCCUGAUCCUCCUCUUGGUCUAUCGCAUGAAGAAAAAGGACGAGGGCAGUUACGACCUGGGGAAGAAACCCAUCUACAAGAAAGCCCCCACAAACGAGUUCUAUGCUUAAAGCUCAGCAGCACCUUGUGCCCAUCAAGGGACAAACAAACUGUAUGGAAACACUGUGCCCUCAGAUGAGAUGUGCUGAACAAAUGCUCUUUUUGGAUUGAAUUUCAAAGUGACUUUGAGAGAAAAAAAACCAAACAAACAAACUUCCUUCGUGACCCUUCCCAUCCCACUCAGCUAACAAGGGCCCAAUGAAAUACAAAGAGUCUGAAAAAAAACAAACAACAACUCAGUGUAUUUUUUUUUUUUCCUAAGCUAGUGUAAAAAGAAUAAAGAUGCCAAAUUUUCUGCUUGGUUUUAUAGAGGGUAUAUAAACACAAACCAGACUGUAUGGAAGCAAACACCAUGUGUUUGCAUCCAGCGUGCUGUGUUGGGAUUGGCUGCUUCUAUAGAAGAUGGCUUUUUUUAUAAAUCUCGCUACUAGAUGUCUUGCAGGCUGUUGAUGUGAAGCAUUUUUGUGGAGAACUAUUUAUGAAUCUCUUACACUACAGAUAAUGUUGCCUUAUCAGGGAGUAAAAGGCCCACAGGGGCUCAAAAUCCCUGAAUGCCAUAAAGGGCCUAUGGGAAUGUCUUCCCCAGGAGACUUCUGUCCCUUCCUGUUGGCCCCAGGCAAGGGUCAUUAGUCCUUGAAAUCCGGACAGCCAGUUGUGUUUGGCUAUGGUGACACCCUUUCCUUGCCUUCAGUCUCUUACCUUUUUUUAAAGGAUUGCUUGUAGGAUUUUUUUUAUAACAAAAUUUUAAAGAAAAUAGCCUAAUGUUUAUAUAAAGUUUGUAGAAAUUGUUUUGAAAUAAUAAAAAAAAUAAUCUACUUUUUUAAUUUCCUCAGAUUUAUUUUUUCAAUCCCUUUGUGUUUCCUUUGGCCGGGCAUUUGUCUAGAGAUGCUGUUUUAUAUGAUUCAUAUUCUGAACUGAAGCAGAGUUAGCUACAGUGUGUUACAGGUUUCUUCUAGUUCUAUAGCAGCUACUGUAGAGGGUAAAGAUAUUUAUGGUUUUCUCGUAACUUUUUUUAGGAUUUUUUUUUUUAAAUAGAAUUAUUUAUAGUUUCUGAAAUGGCUGCUUUCUCAUUUGGUAACUCUUAUGCUUGUUAUGUAAAACACUAAUAUAAUGAGUCUCUGUGAAAACUAUUUAAGCUUUAUUCUGUGAAUUUCAACUAUAAAUUCAAGGCAAUAACUUCUGUAUGCAAAGUUGGAUGCAUAAUAUGAUUGAAGUAGGGAAAAGACAAGAGUAUUUCUAGGCUGUAAUAUAUUACAAUCAGUCCUAUAGAGCUAUAUAUUAUAUAUUUUACUGAGAAAUAUACAGUUAACAGUGAAGAGGCUGGAGUUAGUUCUUCAGCAGCCUUACAGUGUGUAAGAGGCUUUUGAUCUUGUUUGUGCUGCUGUUUGUCCACUGUCUUGUGUAAAGCACAAGAGGCUCGGGAAGGGAGCUGGGAGCAGCCCUGGGGCUCCAUCACCGUGUCCUGGCUGUGCCUGGAGGAGGGCUGGGGUUGGUGAUGUGCUGGAUUUGAUCCUCAAGAAUCAGUGCUGGGUUUGAUCCUCGAGAAUCAGAGCAGAGAUCCCCACCUGGGUUUGCUCUUUGAAGCAGGCAUUGGAAGCUUGUGGUUUGGAGGUCAUAACUUAAUGUUUGGGGGUUGGCUGCGUGGCAGAGUCCCCUGCGGUGCUGUGCCGAGUCCUGCCUCUUGUGGAAGGCUGGGUCUGGUAACUGAGCUCUCUCUGGUCAGCAUCUCCCACCUGGGAGCACUGAGCUUUCAGAGGUGCAAGCUCUGAACCCCCUGCCAUGGGUCUUUCUUAACAUACCCUGUACGUGGAUGGCUCCUUCCCCCACUGGGAGUUGGAUUGGACCAAUCCCCCCAGUGCUCCCAGAGCAAAGGGUGACAUGUGUGUCUGAUACCUCUGUUAGGAAGGUCUUACAGAGCUAUGUGUGAGUCAUGUCCUCCUGCAGCUCAGUCUGGUGUGGUUUGAAACAAAAAUCAGAGCGUGGGUCCCCAAGCUGAGUGCCUGGGUAGGCAGCAUUAAACCAGGCAGUUGCAAAGGCUGUUCAGAAAUCUUAUGGCUCCUGAAGCCUCUUUACUGAGGCUUUGCAGUGUAGGCUUGAGGCCAAAACCAGAGAGGCCAUAGAAGAAAGUUCAGCCCCUUCUCAGGGUGAGGCAAGCGAGGUGGGAACACAGGGAAGUGUGUGCUGGGACAUGGGUGGGAGAGGAGAGCUCCUCUGGGUGACUCACUCACUCGGUCCCAGUACAAGUGUGUUCGGGGAAACUGUGGGCUCUGGGAGGCUCUCAAAGCUGCACAGAGUUCACUGGAGGUUGGGCAGGAGAGGGAGGACUGUGCUGCCUGUGACAGCACUACCAGGAAGGCAGGAGCCGUGUCCGCUUCUCGGGAUACUUAGAUUCUCUUGUGUAAUUGCUCUUGGGGUUUUUCCACUGUUACUGAUUUUUAUUUUUUUUUCCCCUCAAAUAAAUGGUACUUUCUAAAACUGGC